CAAUCUUCAAGAAAUUCUACCCUCAAUCGUCAUGCCUUCUUCUUUUUCCAUUACUUCCAAGACCGGCGGCGCUCCGCCGCCUCCUCCGCCUCCACCGGUUGUCAAGAAAGCCCCCACUCCACCUCCAGCCCCAAAGCCGCCAACUGUGGCCUCGAAAGGCCCUCCCGGAGCCUUUUUCGUCGAAUUGCUGGUGUACAACGGUUCGCCCUUUAAAGACCACUGGGCGUAUUUUGUGUGCUCGCACAGAAAUCGUGACAUCGGUGUUCUGAUUCACGCGACUGGCGACGUAAGAAACGGCUUUAAAUUCGAAAUUAAGCGAAGCCAUGACUUCGACGCGACCGGGAACUAUCCUACGACAAGGAUUCCGCUACAAUGGGUGAAUGCACAGCAUUUUGAUGAGAAGGCAAUGCUCAACCAUGGAAGGCACAAAAUCGAUACCGUGCCUGUCUGUGGUUUUGAGGCCAGUGUAAACAAAGCGAAGGCUCCUGGGAAGACUCUAAAUUCGGUCGAUGACAUGACCAAAACAGGCAAGAAAAUCUGUUGGAUUCACAGGUGGAAAAGGAAAAUACUCGAGUAUCGUGGGUAGCAACGAUCACCGACUGUAGUGGUGAUAUUGCUUGUUCUUGUUGUUCUUCAGUGGAAGUCUAACCAGGUGCCAGCGGCGGCAGGAAGUCUGGGGUAU